CAGCGUCACUCUGCUGAAGGAAACAAAAGGAGGAGAACUCAGACAAGAGAAGGAGAGAAUGAGUAAAGACUGAUUGAAGAAAAACAUGUGAAAACUAGUCUUCAGUAAAGUCAGAGUAAAUUGGUAGGUUAGAGAAAGAAAACGUGACAUUUGAGGGCUUCUAAAAUGGUACUUUGAAGGUAAUUUUACUGUAUUUGGAAGUGCACCGAACCUGAAAGGAUAGAGAAAAAGUAAUAAUUUAAAAGAGAGUGAAGGGGAGAUGGCAAACAACAGGACACUGACGGUCAUCAUCGUGCUCCUAAGCAUCUUUAUGGCAAGAAGUCACUCAAAGGGAGAUCAACAAAAUGAAACACAGAAUAAAGCUUCUGUGAUGGAAAAACUGACAGAUUUCAAAGAGCAGAUGUUUGUGGAGGGCAGCGAUGUCAUUUUAUGGUGCGGCAAUGUCACUAAAUUUAAAUGGGAUGAUUUAGUUUUUGUUGUGUGGAACAUCAGCACAAAAGCCAAAAAAUGCUAUAUUGGAUUGUUUGCCACAGCGGACGACACCUGUAAAGAUGGAAAGAGUAUGCACAAUUCUACAGAUGGAGUUUCCUUAUCAAUUUCCAACAUUUUAAUGCAAGACGAAGGAUUUUACACCUGUGAUUUAUCAUAUAAAGGAGGAAGCUUUAGUUUAAACAUCUCUGUCAGUGUUAUCCGUCUUUCCGCCCAUGUGGACCCAGACAAAAAGACUGCUGUCUGUACGGCCAGAUAUAAAAAGAAAGCACCCACUCUUCACUGGGAACUUGCUUCCAGUGUUUUUUCCAACUCCACUUCUGACAAGAAGAAUGGCGCACCUUUUAUUAUUGAGAAUAGAGUUGAACUGCAUGAUAAUGUCAACAUCAGUGAGCUCGUCUGUGUGGCCACAAACCCAUCUAUGUCUAGCCCUGUACACCUAAAUGCCACUCAAGACUCUUCAGCAUCAGAUGACCAGAAAACAUCUUCAAAUUUCGUACAUAUUGCCAUACCAGUGGGUUUAGUCUGUUUUAUUCUUGUGUCUCUGGCCGUGGUUUACAUGCUGCUCAGAAAGUUUAACAGCCUAAGCACGUUGAAGAAGCUUUGCUGCAAAUCCAAAAUCUCACCACCAGCUGAUGACAAACCACCCCAGCCUGCUGACGUGGAAGAAGUUGAACCGUAUGCAAGUUACAUACAGCGAGUCAAUUCCAUCUACAACUCCUCAGCUGAACUCUUCAACGCCUGAGACACAAACAUGCAUUUGCUUUGCAUCAUGAAACAGGAAAUCAGAAACAGCACUGAGAAUUAAGAAGGCAAACGCAUGUCUGUGGUCAAAAUUACACAUGAAAGGCAAUACUAGUGGAAAAACAGUCAUUUCGCGUGAGCAUCCCCCAAGAAAACAGCGUCUGACUGAGGAACAAUAGCAAAAUGAGUCAAACGAUGAAAAGCAAUGACAAAGGAACGUCUGUCCUCGUAAUGAUGAAGAAUGACUGCUACGACAUCUGCAUCUGAGAUAUCACUAAUAUGUAAAUUUAUUGAGAGCAAGACUGGGUAGAUAUUAAUCCGAACUUUCCACGUUUGUACAGAUAUCUGUCCUUUCAGCGGUAAAAUCUACCCAUUUACAAUACUACAGCUUUUACCCUGUAUAGAGGGGGAUUUACGUGUUGCACAGAAUUAAAAUGAUGUAAAUAAAAUGUAUUAUUACUUUAUUUAUUGUCGCUGUAUGUUCUUAGUUUAAAGUUUAAUACUGUAAAAAGCGAUUGGUUGAGUUGACUUUAGAAAAGAAAACCUGUUGCUUUAAAAUGAUUAA